GCAGGACCCGGGGGUUGAUCCGGCAGUCCGAGCCGAGCCUAUUUGAUAGCCGCACCGCCACAAAGAUCCAGCAUUUUGCUUGGUAGGAAUGCGGUAGGCGGGGCCGCAACUCGGCUGGUGUCAAACUUUGGGAAUGACAGGAGUGCUGCGGGAUUCGCAAAGAAGGGGAAGUGUCGCCCUCGCUGGCUCUGUUUGGAUUACUUUGACCUGUUCUCGGUGGCAGUAUCUGCUAGAUUUAGCACUUUUCUACAGAUAAUAACAGCCUUAGCAGACUCUCUCAGCCAUGUCCGAGGACCCGAGCUCCCAACCCUGGUCCAUCAACAAAGAUGAUUACGAGCUCCUGGAGGUGAUCGGGAGUGGAGCCACAGCAGUGGUCCAGGCAGCCUACUGUACACCCAGAAAAGAGAAGGUUGCCAUCAAACGCAUCAACCUAGAGAAGUGCCAGACCAGUAUGGAUGAACUCCUGAAAGAGAUUCAGGCCAUGAGCCAGUGCCACCACCCCAACAUUGUUUCUUACUACACAUCCUUUGUUGUGAAGGAUGAACUGUGGCUGGUUAUGAAGCUGCUCAGUGGGGGUUCAGUGCUGGACGUGAUCAAGCACAUUAUCUCACGCGGCGAGCACAAGAACGGCGUCCUGGACGAGGCCAGCAUAGCCACCGUGUUGAAAGACGUGCUCGAGGGAUUGGAGUACCUACACAAGAACGGGCAAAUCCACAGAGAUCUCAAGGCUGGAAACAUUCUCCUUGGAGAUGAUGGUUCUGUGCAGAUUGCAGACUUUGGCGUCAGUGCCUUUUUAGCCACAGGUGGUGACAUGACCCGAAACAAAGUGCGCAAGACGUUUGUGGGAACGCCGUGCUGGAUGGCGCCUGAGGUCAUGGAGCAGGUGAGGGGUUAUGAUUUCAAAGCAGAUAUUUGGAGUUUUGGAAUCACAGCUAUUGAGCUAGCCACUGGAGCUGCACCUUAUCACAAAUACCCACCAAUGAAGGUCUUGAUGCUGACGCUGCAGAAUGACCCACCAUGUCUGGAGACUGGUGUGACAGAUAAGGAGAUGGUAAAAAAAUAUGGCAAAUCUUUCAGGAAGAUGAUCUCCCUGUGUCUACAGAAGGAACCAGAGAAAAGGCCAACAUCAUCAGAAUUAUUGAAGCAUAAAUUCUUUCAGAAAGCAAAAACCCACGAAUAUUUGCAUGAGAAGUUGAUCCAAAGGGCUCCAACAAUAACAGAGAGAUCAAAAAAGGUACGACGAGUGCCUGGUUCCAGUGGGCGGCUCCAUAAAACGAUGGAUGGGGAAUGGGAAUGGAGCGACGACGAGCUCGAUGAAGAAAGCGAGGAAGGCAGACUAGCUGUUGCAGCUUUAAGAUCACCAAGAGUUAAGGAAAUUUCUCAAAAUUCAGAGCUUUUCCAGACUCCUGAGCCUUUAAGUAGUCACCUCCAGGCAGUGUCCCAAGAUCAGGCUGAACUACCUCAGGCUGCAAGCCAACCCUGCCUGCAGCCCAUGCAAGUCAACACUCACGCCUAUGCCCAGGCUGGAUCGCCGCCACCCAGUGUUCCUGCUGCUGCUGUCGUGCCCACUCAGAUUGAAAUAGCCUGUGAAGAUGUUAGCACUCCCAUUAGUUUGGUAUUAAGGUUAAGAAAUUCAAAGAAGGAGCUGAAUGACAUCCGCUUUGAAUUCAUGCCAGGAAGAGACACAGCAGAUGGAGUGUCCCAGGAGCUGGUGUCAGCAGGUCUUGUGGAUGGGAGGGACUUGGUAAUAGUUGCUGCUAAUUUGCAGAAGAUAGUCGAUGAGCCUCAAGGUCAUAAAAAUGUAACAUUCAAACUGGCUUCUGGGGUGGAAGGAUCUGAAAUACCAGAUGACAUCAAGCUGAUGGGCUUUGCUCAGCUUAGCAUUAGUUAAACUGUUGUUCUACAUGGAACCAUGACUUGCCUAAAAAUGUGAAAAUGGAAAAAAAAAUAGUUUAAUGCAUUUUUUCUCUUUCCAUGGCUGUAAAGAACCACUACUGCCAAAGAAAAUAAUACCAUUUUGCUACCCAUAGGAUUAUACAAUACCACCUUGUGGGAUUAGGUGGUCAGCCGUAGUAUCAGAACUGUAGUGGGAGAAUCAAAGCUCAAAGUUUACAGUGUACAUGUAGAGGGAUGCGAGCAUCUGCAAGAAAAUGUUUUCAUUUUAGAUUCUGGGUUCCUUCAUCUUGUUAUUGUCUCAUUUCUAUGUCAUGCAUUUGCACAAUCGGAUCCAACACUCCCUAAUCCCACGUAAUCCCGGUAAGUGUAAUUGCCUUAUAAUCAUAAGAACUACUGGAUGCUCAUUUCGUUUCACCCCAUGUGGAGCGUAGUGUCAUUUGAAAUGCACAAACAUGGCUGCGGGUGCUGAUGCCAAACUUUAAACUUUUGUUUUGUGAGUACGAAUGAGAUGGAAAAUAAAGUUAUGCCAAAAUAUGAUUAAUAUUAUAUCUCUACAGUCUUUACUAUGUAAGACUGAAUUUAGCCCAAAACGCUCUUCUCCGUUUUAGGACAAAAGUAUCUAGUCAUUUUUUUUAAAAACAGGUGGAAAAAAAACUAAAUCCGAAACAAAAUCUUUUACCUUCUUAGGUGCUUUAUUUUACAGUGUUAUAAAACUGGAUAUUUUGGUUUGCAAAACAUUUUUGUCCUAAAUUUGCACCCAUUAUGAGAUAUAAUUUCUGCUUUUUUUCCUUUCUGUUUUGUUUUGAACAAACACAUGUUCAUUUAUCUUACCCAUUAGGUUGAUUUAUUCUGUUUAUGGUUUACAUGAAGACUUGAUGAACUCUUGAUACUUUGAUCAAUUAUAAAGCGAUGAAGGUCACUGAAUCAAUAAAUUAAAAAGACAAAUUCUGAAAUUAUCGAAAAUUUUUGAUUUAUUUGAGGGGGGGAAAGAGCUAUAAUGGGCCUUUCUUACAUCCAUGGUAAGGUCCUGUAGCUCUCCAGCCUUCCAAAAUAAAAGCACUUAUGCUGGAUUCUGGGUUGGAAUAUAAAGCCUUGCAAUGCUGCAGCAAAAACAACCAAAAAGCAGAGGAGGCACCCAACCCCCAUUGACUAAACAUGCAUUAAAAGCAAUAUAAAAAUUGGUUUGAUUUGCAUUCAACCCAAUCAGAUGUAUUACUGAUAAAAAUGUACAAUUAGUCUUCUGUUUGUUUUUUUUUGUUUUGUUUUUUUUUUCUUUUUAAUUAGUUACAUUUAUACAUCAGAUGUUAGAAAACUCGUCAAGGUCAUUGAGAGAAUCAUCAGAGAAAAUCUGCGGGCCUCCAUGUUAAAACAGACCUUUAGCUUCAUGUCAUUUUUUUUGUUCUUAGUUGAUAUAAAGCAGCUGAAACCUUACUGUAUUCGUUUUAAAUAAUAAAAGAAAAUGAAUGGGGCUGACAAGCACUUAUACCUAAGGAUGUAAAUAUUGUCAUUUGACUUUAUUUGCAUUCUCUUUCACUCUGCCUUUUUUCUUCCUAUAUCGACACGAUUGUCAGUUCCUGAUAUAUGACGCUUAGUGUGCGUGGCUUCGAAUGGUGUGAUUUUGAAGGCGUUGAUGUCAGUAACAGUUUGUCAAAAAUGAUGCUCAUUCAUUUGCACUUAAAAAAUCCUUGUCUUGGAAGAUUUUUCGUAUAAGAACCUCUAAGUUCCCUAAAUCUUAAAGAAUUGGCUCCAUAAACACCAGGUGGAGACUGUUUACAGCUGCAUUCACACACGCAAUCAUCUUUGUAUCAAACAGCUAACAAAUAAAAAGGCCACGAUUGUAAACAGUUGGAAUAUCAUUUUCUUUUAGCGUUUGCAUUUAUGACUCAGUCUUGCAUUUAUGUCUAAGAUGCCAGCGUGGUUUUAUCCUGUUAGGUGAUGUUGUAGUGUCACUACCUUCCAGAUGCCAUUUUGAAUGAAGCAAAAGGAAAAACUAAGAAAAAUAAAAAGCUUUGUAUUUUUGCUUGUGAAGAUGUAAAUUUUUGUGCAAGCCUUAAAUCAUAAAUGACCAAGUGUAUUUUUUUUUAUCAUAAUUUUUUUGGGAGGGAGUGAAAUUAGGAGGUAGUUUUGAUUUACUUAAAGUGUCUGAAAUGGAUCCAGGAAGAUUCCCUGCAUGAAGUGUCGAAGGUGUGCAAACAAAUUGCAGCCUUCCUGGCGUCAGUCUCUCGCUGAUGGUCGCAGGCUGGGCUCCUAUGGUGGAAAGGAUUUUUUUUUUUUCUUUUGUUCAAGCCUUAUGAGAUAAUUCUGUUUUUUAUGUGUGGACAUUGUGUAGACAGAGUCUAGCUUCAGAUGAAAAUGAAGCUUUAUUAGCUUUUUUCUUUUAUUCUUUCCUGUUUUCACACAACCUAAAAAAAAACAACUGUAGCAACUGAACAAAAAAAGGUAAAACCAUGUUUAUCUUGGACUAAUCAAGGUCGUUAUAUGGCUGUCUUACUUUUGUUCAGCAUUUUCCAUUUUUUUCUGAUUAUUUUCAGCGCUCAGGCAUGUUUCUCUUGAUUAUUUUGUUCAUUAAAGAAAUUGGCAUAUCA